AAAUUUUCAAAAGAAACCACCUUCAAAAACUGUGGAAAACCCUCUUUUUCUCUGGAAGUUGUCACUGUUAAUCUCUGUUUCAUUAUCAAAAUCACCACUAAAACCAGAUGCUUAUUUACAUUUCGUUUUGAUCAUUCAAUGAAUUAAAAAGAAGAAGAAAACGAAAAGAACCCCAUCGUCUGCCACCUUUUGAUCAUUCAAGCUAUCAGAUUUUCAAUCCAAUCACAUUGGCUGCCGUUGGAUUUGAUGACGCCGACGUUGCCAUGUAGCCGGCGUUGCUAGAUCCUAGAGGAGCUUCUUUUUUCCUCCUCUUGUUCAACUCCCAUUGGUCAGGCUUCGUUUGUUCCUUUAACGGUUAAUACUUUUGGGUCUUUCUCUGUUUAUUUGUGUUCAAUCUAAUAAGUUUUCACGAGAGAAAAUGAACUCAUCUUCUAGUUUUGGUUUUGGAGGUGAUCUUAGUUCUGGGUUUUCCAAAUCGACCCCGAAUAAUGUCAAUUUUAGUUUCAAUUCGCCUUCUAUGCAAAGAUCAUCGGGAGGCCUUCCGAGGCCAAAGCCUGCCAAAAGUAAAAAGCAAUCGAAUUCCCAUAAUUCGAAAUCUUCAGGCAAGUUAGAAAACCGGGCAGGCCCCGGUUUUAAUCUGUUGCGACACCCUAGCCUUUCUGAUGGGAGUGACUUGGGUGGGAAUUUAUUUUCCAAGCUCUCAAAUGAUAUAACGAAGGUGAACAUUGAGAACUAUUGUUCAAAAGGUGGUUGGAGUAAUAACAAUGAUGACAAUGUAGGUAGUUUUAUUGGUAGUGGUGUGGAAACUGAAAAACUUCGGCACAAGUUCCGGAGCAAAUUGAAUAUUACAGGCAAUGAUGUUGACGAUGGCGCUAAGAAGGAUUUUGCAUUUAAGGCUGGAAAAGGUAAUUUGGUUCGAAGUGUGUCGGAUACGCUUAGUGAUGGGGUUAAGAAUUUGAACAAGAAGGGGUUUGAUGAUAAUAACACCAAGGAGAGUUGUGAAAGCUCUGGUCAGCCUGGUUGGAAAAGGGAUAAGAUAUUAUCAGCUGGAAGAGAGAUGAAGCUGAAUAUUGGGAGUACAAUGGGAGAUUCUACUAGUCAAACAGACAGGGGAUUUACUUUCCAGGCGGCCACAACUAAAGCUCAUAUGGAUAAACCAAAAACUGAUAUUAGACCUGGUGGAGCUGCAGCAUCAACAACUUUGUUUUCAUCUAACACCUUGCCUUUCCAGACUGGUUCAAAUACCUUUGGCAUGACUUCUGAUAAACCAGGAAACAAAGAUGAAUUUUGUUUUACAGCCAAAAAAGAUGCUAUAGAAACAUCCUUUGUAGAAUUCAAAACACCAAAUUCACAGGCAAAUAGAACCUUUGGCUUAAAUAAAAAUUUGGAAUUUGAUGCAAAAAGAGAAAUUGGUACAAGCACAAAAGUCAAGAAAAAGAAGGGUAAAUCGAAGCAGCCUAAACCUGUCCAGUUGUGGCAUGGACCAGAUUUUGUUUCAAGUAAUACUAGCGCUCGUUGUUCAAGAGAACCUUCUGUAACUUCAGAGGAGUCUUUCAGUAUUGAUAACGAAGAUGACUUCAGUGAUAUACAGUCAGCAGUUUCACAUAAUGCAAUAGAUGGAGAUCUUGUUGUUACAGCACAGAGUACGAAUAUAAUAGAAGGUAGGGUGAAAGAUGAACUAAAAGAGGAGGGUUCUGGAAAUGUUUUUGAUGGUGUUGCGGCUGAAGCUACCCAAGAAGAUUCUGUGCAUGGGUCCAAAACUGAGAGCUUUGCAGUUGCAGCAGAGGAUAUUGAUCAAAACAGUGAUAUCGCUCUUAGCUCAGCUGAAACUGAAGUCAGUUCAAGAACAAGUAUCGACAGGCAAGAUAGUGAUGGCCAGAUGUUCUUUAGUUCCCCUUCUAAUUCGGAACAUAUAAGUGGCUUUGACUUCACCUUUGCCGCAUGUCCUUCUGAUAAAAGUCAACCACCACCACCAAGUUGCCACCACAAAAAGAAGAAUUCGGCUAAAAGUGCUUCAUUGCAUAUAUCCCCUAGGCAAGACCUGAAAGCAGAAGUUUCUACUAUGCAAAGCAAGGUUGAAGGAAAUUCCAGGGUGGACAAAGGACCUGAGGAUAAAUGUGAACCUAAUUUGAGCUGUUCAAACACUGCAGCUAUGGAAUCAUGUGAAAAGUGGCGGUUAAGGGGAAAUCAAGCCUAUGCAAAUGGGGAUUCAUCUAAAGCUGAGGAAUAUUAUAUGCAAGGGAUAAGUUGUAUUCCCGCAGGUGAGAAAUCUACAAGCUGUCUUCGUGCAUUGAUGUUGUGCUAUAGCAACCUUGCAGCCACACACAUGUCUCUUGGAAGAAUGAGAGAUGCACUUGGAGAUUGUAUGAUGGCCAUCUCAAUAGAUCCCAACUUUUUGAGGGUUCAACUUAGAGCAGCAAAUUGCUACCUUGCCCUUGGGGAAGUUGAGAAUGCAAUGCGCUAUUUCAGGAAGUGCUUACAGUCUGGAACUGAUGUUUGUGUGGACCGAAAAGUUGCAGUAGAAGCCUCUGAUGGCCUACAAAAAGCUCAGAAAUUGUCUGAAUGCAUGCAUCACUCGGCUCUACUUUUGCAAAGCAAAAUGUCUGAAAAUGCAGAGACUGCUUUGGAAGUAAUUGCUGAGGCCUUGCAAAUAAGCGCGGUUUCGGAUCAAUUACUUGAAAUGAAAGCAGAGGCUUUUUUAAUUCUAGGCAAAUAUGAAGAUGUAAUUCAGCUGUGUGAGCAGACAUUUGAUUCUGCUGAAAAGAAUUCUUCUUCAUUAGAUGUCAUUGGCCAACCGGCCAAUCCAGAUAGUUCUGGCUUCUCGAAGGAUCCUACCUUUAGAACUUGGCGGUGUCACCUGAUCUUCAAAUCUUACUUUCAUCUAGGAAAGCUUGAAGAGGCUAUUGCUUUUCUGGAGAAGCAAGAGGAAUUUCUAUCCACUACAAAUAGGGAUGGAAGAAACAGUUUGGAAUCAUCAAUUCCGUUGGCUGCUACUGUACGUGAGCUCCUAAGCCAUAAGGCUGCAGGGAAUGAAGCAUUUCAAUCAGGCAAAAACUUAGAAGCUGUUGAACAUUAUACUGCGGCUUUAUCUUGCAAUGUGGAGUCACGGCCUUUUGCAGCUAUUUGUUUUUGUAAUCGUGCUGCUGCAUACAAAGCGCAAGGCCAAGUCACUGAUGCUAUUGCUGAUUGCAGUCUCUCCAUAGCACUUGAUGGCAAUUAUUUGAAGGCACUUUCUAGACGUGCCACAUUAUAUGAGAAGAUUAGAGAUUAUAGGAAAGCAACUAAUGAUCUUGAAAGACUUCUUUCUCUUCUCAUGAAGCAAACAUAGAUGAAGACCAAUCAAACUGGAUUAU